UUAUUUUUAUGUUGAACUUCUAAAGUGCUCAUCUACCAAAGAUUGAUAAGCGAAAUAAUAAAACUUCAAUAGAGCCCACAGUUAUUGAUGAAAUGCUGAUCAUGUAAUUGUUUAAUUAAUUUCAAGUAAAUCAGUCAAGGAUUACAAUACUGAAAAUAAAAUAACGAUGGGAGAUCAAAUUAUGUUGAAUUCUUUACGUGUCAUGUCAUUAUCAUUUAAAAGUAUAUAAAUUUGAUUAUAUUUUUCUAGAUAUUUGGAAAAUCGAAAACCUCUAAGGUUUGGAGAGAUUAGAGAAGUUACAAUUAGAUAAUAACAUUAUAUAAAAAAUUGAGAAUUUGGAUCAUUUGGUCAAUUUGCAUUGGCUUGAUCUCUCCUUUAAUUUAAUUAAAGAAAUUGAAGGAUUGGACAAACUAAUCAAUUUAAAAGAUUUAUCAAUGUUUAAUAAUUAACUAACAUCUGUUGGAGGUUUGGAUAAUUGUAAGUCAUUAAAUGUUUUAUCUAUUGGCAAUAAUAAAAUACCUUCAUUUGAAAUUGUAACACAAUAUUUUAGUAAAGGAAAAGGAAUGAAAUUCAAGAAUUUAUAAGUUCUAAAUGUAGCUGGGAAUCCAUUUACAAAAGAACCAGAUUAUAAAAAUCAUAUAAUUAAUUCCUUACCUAAUCUAAGAUAUUUAGAUUAUAGCUUCAUUGAUGAAGCAUAAAGAAAUUAAAUAAGAGAAUCAGAUGAAAAAUUUAGAACUGAUGCAAUUACAUAAGAAGAUUUUUUAAAACAAAUGUAAAAUUAAGAAUAAGAGGAGAAAAAUAAUAAUGAUGAAUUAUUUAAAAGAAAAAGUGCAAGAAUGGAUUUAGUAGAAAAGUUAAGUGAUGAAUUAAUUCAAGAUGAAGAAUUAGAAAAAGUUAAAACAAUGAAAGGAGUUGAAGAAGAAAUAAACAAAUUUUAAGAAAAGAUAAAAGAAACAGUUGAAAACCUUUAAAAGAAUGUUAUACAAAAGAAUACUGCAAAAUUAUAAUCUAUAGAAGUAAAUAAAGUAAUUAUUUAAAAUAGAAAUUUGAAUAAGCAGUUAGAGCAAGGGAGAUUAAGAGUGAAAAUGAAACUAUAUUAACAAUAAAAAAAUUUGAACAUCAAAAGAAAUUGGCAUUCAGAGCAAAAGAAAGAAAUGAAGAUGGUUGGAAAUAGAAGUUAGAAGACUUAAAUAAAGAAACUUAAAGACUUAAAGAUAAUUUACUCUCUACAGAGUUAUAAUUGAUGGUGGAUAUAGAGGCAGCUUUGGGAGAUUUUGAUGGAAAAUUAGGAUUUAUAACAAAAGAUAUGUCUGAUUAUGUUUCAGGGGAUCAUGGAUUUAAGAAGAUAGGUGAUUUCAUUAGAGAAUUUGGAACUAAAUUAACAGAUAUAGCGAAAUUAGAAUAUGAUAGAUACUAAGUAUUUGUUUAAUAAGGAAGUGAUCUAAGUGAAUGGGAUGAAGAUUUAUAAACAGUAUUUUAAUUAAAUUAAUUAUUAGUUAUUUGAAAAUAAAGAAACACUUCUGGGUACUGUUAGUAAUAUUAAAGAUAAUUUAUAAUCAAAAGCUAAUACUAAAGUAAAUUGAUCUAUUGAUGUUUAGGAUACCAAUAUUACAACAUCGAUUGAAAGAGAUAUCAAAUUAUUGGUGACAAGUUACAAGGAGAAGCAAUAUGAAAGAAAUAGAAAGAAUGUACUUCAAAUUAGCAAAUAAAUUGAAGAAUACACUAAAUAAAUAAGUGAAUUAUUGUAGACACACUCAGAUGAUGAAUCUGAAGGGAAUUGA